GGUAGAGGCAAACAGAUUCUUACCCCACAAAUGAAAAAUUCACAAACGCAUGCACACAAUUACACUUUCACACAUACAGUACAGUUUAUACUUCUUUUCAAAUACGUUUGUAUAGUAUAAGCUGUAUGACUCCCAAUAUUUUAUAUUAUUUUGAUUUUUAUGCUGAAUGCCCCUGUGCUGACGACUAGCAUUCCAUUGUCACUGACCUAGCCAAAGUCCUCACGCUUUCGACCGCACCGGAAGUGUUUGAAGGACCUCGCUUUGCAGUCGCUUGCUGGAGGAAAGACUUCGGUUCUUGACCCGAAUCUUCUCCCAGGACGACCGCUGAUCUCAACCGCACUUGCAGUCUUCGAGUGGAAGAGCACGGCAGUGUUCUGCUAACAUUUUACAAUCUUUUGGACAUUUUGUAAGAUACAUUGUGCCGUCUGAUACAUUUUAGUUUGCCUUUUUUGUCUAGAGCAUUUACUAUUUACUAUUUACAUUUGUAAAUUAUUCAGAUACGAAGUUGUGAUGUAGAGAAUUUUAUCAAAUGCACGCGCUAAUGCCAUUUUUAAGAAUAUAGUAAUUGUAACUCAGCGAUUUGUAUGCAACAUUGACAAAUGCACCAUCAGGGUGAAUAAUAUAUAGACCUUCUAGUAACGUUAACAUUCCCUAAGAGCUUUUGGUAUUUCAGAUAAAGGAUUUGUUGGGGCGUUUGUCUGCCACCCUCUGGCAGCCAGACUUCUGGUUACCCUUAGGAGUGACCUGGGAUGACCUCCUGUUCCACUGAUAGCUUCCACUUCCCGGUUUUUUCCGACGUGUGGAUCUACCCUCCUGCCUUUGGCUUGUGCUUAAUGCUGUUCCGCUUCUCGUUCUUGGAGCCCCGUUUGUUCCGCCCCCUGGCGCGCAGCAUGGGCGUCUCCGACUGGCGUCCGGCCCCUCCGGCCUUCGACGCCGCUCUCGAUGCCCUCUAUCGACGCUACCAGACCAAGGUUCCCGCGCAGGUGAUCGUGGAGACCUCGGAAGCCAACAACUUGACCCCUCGCCAGGUGCAGAGAUGGCUGAACCGAAAGCAUGCCGUAUUAAAGUCAACCAAGUACGAGAAGUUCAUGGACUGCGCUUAUGAUUUUUCUUGUCACACUUUUAUGUGUAUUUUUGGCUUCGUCGUCAUGGUCUCGAAACCAUGGCUGUGGAACAUCACACUGUGCUGGAGGGAUUAUCCACACCACAGCAUCAGCGCCGACGUCUGGUGGUACUACAUGCUGUGCUUGGCUUACUUUUGGUCCACAACCAUCAUCCAGAUACCCAAGCCGGCGCACAGAGUCUCCGAUAAGGUUCAGAUGAUGUCUCAUCAUUUGUUUACGAUUCUCCUGAUGGUGUUCUCGUGGACAUGUAACUUCGUUCGCGUUGGGACGCUGGUUCUCGUUGUCCAUGAAUGUGCCGACGUCCCUCUUCAGGCCGCCAAGAUAUUCAAGCACGCAGGUAUCGACACACUCACUGAUGUGAUGUUCGCGGUGUUCGUCAUCCUUUGGCUGGCGACCCGCUGUUGCGUCUUCCCUUUCUGGAUCAUGCACAGCGUGUUCUUCGAGGCCACCACCUUCAUGUUCAUGCCCUCAGCCUACCUCUUCAUGGGGCUUCUGGUGGGCCUCCUCAUCCUCAACCUGGGAUGGACGUGGAUCAUCCUGAGCAUUGUGAUCAGGAAGCUCCGUGCAGGAACCUUACAGGAUGUUCGGUCGUCAGGAGAAGAGGAAUCGGAGGAUGAGUCCCAGAUGAGUAAUGGGAUCAAAAGAGAGUAGGAAUCUGGCGAAGAGG